GGUGACAUCACUUUUGGCGCUGUAUAUAAGACAGUUUGGAGGACUGAAGCCUAUCGGAGACCCUCAGCUGCUCUGUGUACUGUAGUCUGAUCAUCAUGCGUGAAAUUGUGCAUCUGCAAAUUGGACAAUGUGGCAACCAGAUCGGCUCAAAGUUUUGGGAGGUGAUCAGUGAAGAACAUGGGCUCAAUGCAACAGGCCUCUAUGAAGGAGACAGCAACCUCCAACUGGAGAGGGUCAACGUCUACUUCAAUGAGGCACAUGGUGGUAAAUACGUCCCCAGGGCCCUGCUGGUUGACCUGGAGCCCGGUACGAUGGACAGCGUGAGAGGAAGUCGCAUCGGCUCCCUGUUUAGGCCAGACAACUUCAUCCACGGAAGCUCAGGAGCCGGGAAUAACUGGGCGAAGGGCCACUACACGGAGGGAGCGGAGCUGGUGGAGCAGGUGGUUGACAGAGUGAGGAACGAAAGUGAGAGCUGUGAUUGCCUGCAGGGCUUUCAGCUGGUUCACUCACUGGGGGGUGGCACCGGCUCCGGCAUGGGAACCCUCAUCAUCAACAAGAUCCGAGAGGAGUACCCUGACCGCAUCAUGAACACCUUCAGUGUCAUGCCCUCCCCGAAAGUCUCUGACACAGUGGUGGAGCCCUACAACGCCACCCUGUCCGUCCACCAACUCCUGGAGAACACAGACGAGACCUUCUGCAUCGACAACGAGGCCCUCUAUGACAUCUGCUUCCGCACGCUGAAACUGACCACACCGACCUACGGGGACCUCAACCACUUGGUCUGCAUGACCAUGAGCGGGGUCACGACCUCUCUGAGAUUCCCCGGACAGCUCAACGCAGACCUGAGGAAGCUGGCUGUCAACAUGGUGCCUUUCCCUCGCCUCCACUUCUUCAUGCCAGGCUUUGCCCCCCUGACGGCCCGCGGCAGCCAGCAGUAUAGAGCCCUCAGUGUGCCUGAGCUCACUCAGCAGAUGUUCGACGCCCGCAACAUGAUGACAGCAUGCGACCCGAGGCGGGGGCGCUACCUCACAGUUGCUGGCAUCUUCCGCGGCCGCAUGUCCACCAAACAGGUAGACGAACAGAUGCUUGCAAUGCAGCAGAAAAACAGCAACUACUUUGUGGACUGGAUCCCCCAUAAUGUCAAGGUUGCUGUGUGCGACAUCCCACCCCGAGGCCUCAAAAUGGCCUCCACCUUCAUCGGCAACAACACAGCCAUUCAGGAGAUAUUCCGUCGUGUGGGUGAGCAGUUCUCCCUGAUGUUCAGACGGAAGGCUUUCCUCCACUGGUACACAGGGGAAGGCAUGGAUGAAAUGGAGUUCACCGAAGCAGAGGGCAACCUCAAUGACCUGGUGUCAGAGUACCAGCAGUACCAAGAUGCCACAGCUGAUAUAGAUUGGGAAGCAGAGGAAGAAGAAGAGGAGGGACCCUCAUCAAGAGGAUCAACAAAGGUUCAGUCUCAGAUGGAAGUUACACUGGAAACAGUGACUGAAACGAGCAAAGAAACUGUAGAUGAGUAGAAGACGUGAAGGUCGUACAGUGUGGUGUGUAUUGAUACCUUGUUGAAAGGAUGUGGAAAACAUGAGGGAUUGUUGGUCUGAAAAGGAACUCUUAUUUUAUAGUUUAAUUUAUGCCUAUAGUUAUUAUUAGAUAAAAGGUGUUGACAUAUUUAACAAUAGCACUUAUUGUCUUAAAUGCAUUCAUCAAAUGAUUUUUAUGCUUGCAUGUUUGUUUUUUUUGGAGUUAUUUCUUUUAUAGUAAAAAUUGAAAAUCAUAAAAAUGUUUCAUUUUCAAAAACAGAUAUCUUCUUGUAUUUAUUUUCAUAAAUCAUGUUUUUUUGUGCAAUCCAGGGAAUAUCAGCUGGAGUUGGGGUUUUUUGUUAAGAUAUCUUAAUGUAUUUUUAAUUUCAUACAUUAUAUCUUUUAUUGUGCACUCAAAGGGGAACAUUAAUCUAACUGGUUCCAAUUUAUUCAUCUUAAGAAUGGCUUAUAUCUGUUUUUGCAAAUGAAUUCUUAAUUUACAUGUUUAUACAGUAUGGAAAAGUUUGUUGUUAUGCCAGCUCUAUAUAAUCUCCAGCCAUGAAAAUGAAAUAAAGUUAACACUGUUUGUCCAAUUUUUUUU